AUUUUCAAGGAAAGUCACCUUUUUUCCUCGUUUAGCUUGUAACAGUGGCAGUGAACUGAUCAGGGACGAAAAAGACGAAAGGACGAAUCCAGAAUUCGAGAGAGAGAGAGAGAGAGAGCUCUCUUCUCUUUUUCCUUUAUCGCAUCGGAAUCUGGAAGAAUUUCUGUUUCUGUCAGUCUCAGAUCGGAAAAUGUCUGGAUUUGAAUUUGAUUCGGCGGCUUAAUCUCAUUCAUUUCCGGUUUAAAAAUGCGAGGGCCGGAAAUCGAGUGGUUUGAAUCGGAGAAUCGGGAAAACGAAGCGUGUAGGACAGGGAAAAUGCGAGGAUUACGUUGAAGAGAAGCAAGUUUGAAUUGGUUCUUUCUUUCUUUUUCGCCUUAUUAUUGCAAAUUGGAGGUGAAGCUUUUGUGUUGGUUGGUGGAAGCUCUGUGGAAGAGCAAUGGAGUCUCGGAUGGAUCAGUACGAGAUCAUGGAGCAGAUCGGCCGUGGCGCGUUCGGCGCCGCCAUUCUCGUCAAUCACAAGGCCGAGAAGAAGAAGUAUGUUCUGAAGAAGAUCAGAUUAGCUCGGCAAACAGAGCGUUGCCGGAGAUCAGCUCACCAGGAGAUGGCCUUAAUCGCGCGGCUUCAGCAUCCUUACAUUGUCGAGUUCAAGGAAGCUUGGGUUGAAAAGGGUUGCUAUGUUUGCAUUGUCACUGGAUACUGCGAAGGAGGAGACAUGGCUGAGUUAAUGAAAAAGUCGAAUGGGGUGUACUUUCCAGAGGAGAAACUCUGCAAGUGGUUUACUCAAUUAUUAUCAGCUGUCGAGUAUCUGCAUUCCAAUUUCGUUCUGCAUCGUGAUUUAAAGUGUUCCAACAUUUUUCUUACAAAAGAUCACGAUGUUCGCCUUGGGGAUUUUGGGCUUGCAAAAACUUUGAAGGCGGAUGACUUGGCUUCCUCGGUGGUCGGAACUCCAAACUACAUGUGCCCUGAACUGCUUACGGAUAUUCCUUAUGGUUUCAAAUCCGAUAUCUGGUCCCUAGGCUGCUGUAUAUAUGAGAUGGCUGCACAUCGCCCUGCCUUUAAAGCUUUUGACAUGGCAGGGUUGAUAAGCAAGAUUAAUCGUUCCUCUAUCGGUCCACUGCCUCCUUGCUAUUCUCCAUCUUUAAAAUCUCUCAUCAAGGGCAUGCUAAGGAAGAGCCCGGAGCAUCGGCCUAGCGCCUCUGAGCUUCUGAAGCAUCCUUAUCUGCAGACUUAUGUUGAGCAAUACCGACCAGCCCUUUCUCCAGUAGCAACUAUAUCUCCAGAGAAGCCUCUGAAUUCUCGUAAUGGUCGGAGGAGUAUGGCCGAAAGCCAGAACAGUAACAGCUCUAGCGAUAAAGACAGUCUGCUCUCAAGUGAAAAACACGCCCAAUCUAUGGUUCCGAGCAAUGAUAAUAAAGCUACUGAUUCCGAUUCAGUUUCUGUUGACGAGGAAGACUGCUCUGACCAUUCUCAACCAGCCGAACGUCAAAAUGACAAUGGUGUUUCUACCACGAAAACAGAUGGCCAUGGGAUGGUAAAGCCCUCGUGUACUGUACAGCGACCGGAUAUUCAUCCAAGGCACCCGAAAACUAUCAGAAACAUCAUGAUGGUCUUGAAAGAAGGGAAAGCCAGAGAAAAUGGUUCACCCAUGAGAACUAAUCGGUUGAAGCCUAAUGCUGAAACUCCGUCAAAGAUUCCGAAACUUAGUGAUACCGCUCCUAGUUCAAAGACUAAUGCAAAUACCCCCAUUGCUUCAUCAAAACUAGCCUCUGAUUCUGCGGGAAGGACUCUGGUAUCGAAUCCACCGAAGCAUCAGAUGGUCGCGACCACGCCAAAACCAAAGCCUAGAAACGACGGAAUUCCACUUCCUCCGACUAAACAUGAAACCGAGGAAGCAAUGUCAGCUAAACUGAGGCAAAGAACGCCUCCUGUCGUGUCGAGAAGGCCGUCUUUAAUUGAGCGCCCAAGUCCAAGUCCGAGACAAUUAGUAGAAGAUGUUCCGAAUACAACAGUGGUCAAUGACGGCACAACAAGGCUACAUCCAUCCGUAACACGAGGGGCCGAAACGAAUUCUCAUCCGCCACCCAACUUUAAAGGAAUUUCUGUCGGAUCAUCUAAAGGAAUUCAGACGGAUAGCAGUAAUUCCGUCUCGUCUUCAUUUUCCAUGCAGGCAUACGAGCUUUGCGAUGAUGCUUCCACCCCAUUUAUUGACAUGACAGAACAACACUCUGCUUCCGAUGAUCAUGGAAGAUCCCGCCGUUCUGAUUACUCGGGGCCAUUACCAACCAUCUCCUCAUUUCCUUCAUCCGCUUUCUCAGAUCUGCCUCGAAAUCUUCAGAUCCCUGGAGAUGAUCAUAACACCAGCCGGCGGCUUACCGAAAUUCCCGGGACUGUGUUUGAUGAUCAGAAUACUGUUUCAGCUCAGCAAGAAGUGCCUCCUCAUAUACCGGAAGAUGAUGACUCUGCAACCAAACAGAGCUGCGAUCCAAACGCAUCUCCGGACAAGAAACUCGGAGACGACAAAUUCAUCUCCAUCUCAGCUGAAACCAAACCAAGUCCUCUGCCUAUUGUUUCUUCCCAGACAGAUAAAGCAGUCGUCGAAAAGAUGAGCUCUUCUCAUCUUCAUCCCGUUGUGGACGAUGUCAUACAUGUCAUAAGGCACAGCAGUUUCCGUGUCGGGAGUGACCAGCCGGUAAUGGAAAGCGUAGAAGUCGGCGUCCACAACGUUGAUGUCGGAAAGCUGAUAAACGUGGUGAGAGAUGAACUUGAAGUUCGGAAGGUAGUCCCUGCAAAACCACCAACAUCCUCGGAAACAAUGACGACGACGAUGAGAUCAAACGGUUCCGACGAGUCGGGGAUCUCGGAACCCGAGGCACGUCAUCCGAAACCGGAACCCGCAGCCGCAGCCAAAGCGAAAGAAUCAGAAGUGAGGAACUCUUGCUCGGAAACGUUGGAUGUGAAGUCAUUCAGGCAGAGAGCGGAGGCACUGGAAGGGCUGUUGGAACUGUCGGCGGAGUUGUUGGAGCAGAAGAGAAUAGAGGAGCUGGAGGUGGUGUUGAAGCCGUUCGGGAAAGACAAGGUUUCUCCCAGAGAAACCGCCAUUUGGUUGGCCAAGAGUUUAAAAGGAAUGAUGAUUGAAGACAUCAACAACCACAACCACAACCACAACCACAACAGUAACAGUGUCGGCUCCUGGAGUUGUUCCUGAGGUAUUGUCUUCAAAUUUGUUAUUUGAUCUCAUAAAAUGACAAUUCUUUUAAAAACUCAACCUAAAAAAACAACAACGUUAGCCAUGCAAAACCCGUAUUUGUCAAAAACGAAUAACUCAAUC